GAUGAUGAUGAUGAUGAUGAUGAUGAUGAUGAUGAUGAUGAUGAUGAUGAUGAUGAUGAUGAUGAUGAUGAUGAUGAUGAUGAUGAUGAUGAUGAUGAUGAUGAUGAUGAUGAUGAUGAUGAUGAUGAUGAUGAUGAUGAUGAUGAUGAUGAUGAUGAUGAUGAUGAUGAUGAUGAUGAUGAUGAUGAUGAUGAUGAUGAUGAUGAUGAUGAUGAUGAUGAUGAUGAUGAUGAUGAUGAUGAUGAUGAUGAUGAUGAUGAUGAUGAUGAUGAUGAUGAUGAUGAUGAUGAUGAUGAUGAUGAUGAUGAUGAUGAUGAUGAUGAUGAUGAUGAUGAUGAUGAUGAUGAUGAUGAUGAUGAUGAUGAUGAUGAUGAUGAUGAUGAUGAUGAUGAUGAUGAUGAUGAUGAUGAUGAUGAUGAUGAUGAUGAUGAUGAUGAUGAUGAUGAUGAUGAUGAUGAUGAUGAUGAUGAUGAUGAUGAUGAUGAUGAUGAUGAUGAUGAUGAUGAUGAUGAUGAUGAUGAUGAUGAUGAUGAUGAUGAUGAUGAUGAUGAUGAUGAUGAUGAUGAUGAUGAUGAUGAUGAUGAUGAUGAUGAUGAUGAUGAUGAUGAUGAUGAUGAUGAUGAUGAUGAUGAUGAUGAUGAUGAUGAUGAUGAUGAUGAUGAUGAUGAUGAUGAUGAUGAUAGACAAGCCGUGAGCAGCUACGUAGAACAACAUGUGCACUGUUAA